AUGGCACCCUCAGCUACCGAGCCUAGCGCCAACCCUCUGGACUUCCAGAGCGGCUUUGUCCAGAUCAUCAACGGCAAAAGCUCGCCCACGGCAACCACCCGUCAUGGCACCAACCCAGCAACUCUCAAGGCGAAGCCUGAGGUUCCGUUAGCCACCAAGGAAGACCUAGGCAACGCUGUUGCCGCCGCAAAGGAGGCUUUCAAGAAGUGGUCCAAGGUUCCCUAUGAGGAACGCAAAGCCGCUGUGCUAGCAUUUGCGGAUGCCAUUGACAAGCAGCGAGUCGAGUUCCGCGACCUGUUGAUUUCAGAACAAGGAAAGCCUAUCCCUCAAGCAGAUGGCGAAACCAAUGCGGCUAUCGAGUGGAUCAGGGGCAUGGCCAACAUCAAGAUCCCCGAGGAUGUCAUCGAGGACAACGAGAGACACACCGUCAUCACAAGAUACAUGCCAUUAGGUGUCGUCGCUGCCAUUGUCCCCUGGAACUUCCCUCUCUUGCUGGCAACGGGAAAGAUUGCCCCUGCUCUGCUCACGGGAAACGUCAUCAUCGUCAAGCCAUCACCUUUCACACCUUACUGUGGGCUAAAGGUCGUUGAGCUGGCACAGCAGUUCUUCCCACCUGGAGUCGUCCAGUCUCUCAGUGGAGAUGACAACCUUGGCCCAUGGCUUACAAGCCACCCUGGCAUCGACAAGAUCAGCUUCACUGGCUCAACACAGACCGGAAAGCUGGUUAUGCAGAGUGCAUCCAAGACUCUGAAGAGAGUGACUCUUGAGCUUGGUGGUAACGACCCGGCCAUUGUCUUCCCAGACGUGGACGUCGACAAAGUCGCUGAAAAGGUUGCCCUAUAUGCCUUCCUCAACUCUGGCCAAGUCUGCCUGAACCUCAAGCGCAUCUACGUCCACGAGUCCAUCUACGAAGAGUUCCGAGACGCCAUGGUCAAGCACAUCAAGGCCUACACCCUCGGCAACGGCGCCGACGCCGGCGUCAGCCACGGCCCGCUCCAAAACUCCAUGCAGUACGACCGCGUCAAGACCUUCUUCGACGACAUCGAGAAGCAGGGCUGGAAGGUCGCCGUCGGCGGCAAGAUUGAGCCCCCCACCAACGGCUUCUACAUUGCCCCUACGGUCAUUGACCGACCUCCUGAGAAUUCACGAAUUGUCGUUGAGGAGCCCUUCGGUCCCAUCGUCCCUCUCCUCUCAUGGAGCACCGAAGAAGAUGUCAUUGCCCGCGCCAACAACACAACCAUGGGUCUCGGUGCCUCAAUCUGGUCCAACGAUAUUGAAAAGGCGGCGAGAAUUGGUCGUGAAAUGGAGGCCGGCACAGUCUGGAUCAACACACACUUUGAAAUCUCCCCCAUUGUGCCCUUUGGUGGACACAAGGAGAGUGGCAUCGGCGCCGAGUGGGGAAUCAACGGACUCAAGAGCUUCUGCAACGUCCAGUCAAUGUUUGUAAAUAAGCAGGUCGUGAGCUAG